GCUGCUAAUAAAGUUUGUUUCAUAAAAAAAAGCUUAGAGGGCGUGUUUCCAGAAGUGAUGCGGGCGGUCAUGUGACAGGCUUGUAGCAGGAGGCUUGUUGGUGAGUUCUAGGCUGCUGCUCAGUACUACAAGCGCCUACCUCACCGCUGCGUUGGAAACAUGGCAGCGGAGAUCCAUCCCAAGCCCCUGAUCCGGAAGCCGGUACUGCUCAGCAAGGUGGAGGGCUCGCAGGACGUGGUGAACAUGGCGGUGAUUGUACCCAAAGAGGAUGGGGUGAUCAGCGUGUCAGAGGACAGAACUGUGCGUGUUUGGAUGAAGAGAGACAGCGGACAGUUCUGGCCUAGCAUUUUCCAUGCGAUGCCAGCUCCAUGUUCAUGCAUGUCUUUUAACCCGGAAACCAGACGGCUGACCGUAGGGCUAGACAAUGGUACAAUCUCAGAAUUUAUUUUAUCUGAAGAUUACAACAAAAUGAAUCCAGUAAAGACGUAUCUUGCACACCAGAGCCGCGUUACCAUGGUCCUAUUCGUCCUGCAAAUGGAAUGGGUGCUGAGCACGGGUCAGGACAAGCUCUUCACGUGGCACUGCUCGGAGAGCGGGGAGCGCCUGGGGAACUACCGCACUUCCGCUUGUGCUUCGUGUCUACAAUUUGAUGUGGAGACCAAACACGUGUUUGUUGGGGAUCAUUCCGGACAAGUGACGAUUCUAAAACUUGAACAAGACAACUGUAGCCUCAUCACCACUUUCAAGGGACAUACAGCUGGUGUCAGCGCAUUGUGUUGGGACCCGAUGCAGAGACUCUUAUUUUCUGGAAGUUCUGACCAUUCCAUUAUCAUGUGGGACAUUGGUGGACGCAAAGGGACUGCUCUAGAACUUCAAGGACACCAUGAUAAAAUCCAGUCAAUCUCCUAUGCUCACCAAUCUCGUCAGCUCAUCUCAUGCAGUGCCGAUGGUGGGAUAGUAGUCUGGAACAUGGAUAUUGAAAGACAAGAGACUCCAGAGUGGUUGGACAGUGACUCCUGCCAGAAGUGUGACCAGCCUUUCUUUUGGAAUUUCAAGCAGAUGUGGGACAGCAAAAAGAUUGGCCUCAGACAGCAUCACUGCAGGAAAUGCGGCAAAGCCGUGUGCGGUAAAUGCAGCUCCAAGAGGUCUUCCAUUCCACUGAUGGGCUUUGAAUUUGAAGUUCGGGUGUGUGACAGCUGUCACGAGACAAUAACAGAUGAGCAACGCGCACCCACGGCCUCGUUCCAUAACAGCAAGCACAAUAUAAUCCACGUGCACUUUGAUGCCACAAGAGUGUGGUUAUUGACGUCAGGAACGGACAAGGUUUUAAAGCUAUGGGAUAUGUCACCGGUUGUCUCCUGAUGGUACUCUAAACCAUAGGUGUGUGAAGUGUGGCCCUCCAGCAGUUGGACCUCUUUGACCAUUGCUGCUCUACACACUAGACCACAAAGACCUACGGAGAAAGAGGACAAAGAGCAGAAGCGUUUGCUACGCUCUGGAGGCG